AGAGUGCGCGAGAGCCCGAGUGCAAGGAGAGCCUUAUCACGGAGGCACGGCUAAAGACAACAUUUGCAAAAUGCCGAAUAAAACUAAAAAAGAAAAGGAACCCACCAAAUCUGCAAAAAGCAGCACAAAAAACAGCAAUGCCGGUGGAGGAAAGGAUGCUGGAACUGAAAAUUCUGAAGAGGCCCAGCAGACGGCCAGCAAGCGUCCGAGCAACAGCACUCCACCUCCUACUCAGCUCAACAAAAUUAAGUACUCUGGCGGGCCACAGAUUGUAAAGAAGGAGCGUCGACAGAGCUCAUCACGAUUCAACCUCAACAAGAAUCGGGAAUUGCAGAAACUCCCCGCCCUCAAAGAUGCCCCGUCCAUGGACAGAGAAGAAUUGUUUGUGCAGAAGCUGCGGCAGUGCUGCGUGCUUUUCGACUUUGUGACUGACCCACUAAGUGAUCUCAAGUUCAAAGAGGUGAAGCGAGCCGGCCUUAAUGAAAUGGUGGAAUACAUCACACACAACCGAGAUGUGGUCACAGAGUCCAUCUACCCUGAAGCUGUCAUCAUGUUUUCUGUAAAUCUGUUCAGGACUCUGCCCCCCUCUUCCAACCCCACGGGAGCUGAGUUUGACCCUGAAGAGGAUGAGCCCACUCUGGAGGCAGCUUGGCCCCACCUGCAGCUUGUAUAUGAGUUCUUCUUAAGAUUACUGGAGUCAUCUGACUUCCAGCCCAACAUUGCCAAAAAAUAUAUUGACCAAAAGUUUGUAAUGUCGCUUCUGGAGCUGUUUGACAGUGAAGACCCCAGAGAGAGGGACUUCCUAAAGACCAUCCUGCACAGGAUCUAUGGAAAGUUCCUGGGGCUGAGAGCCUACAUCCGUCGGCAGAUUAAUAACAUAUUUUACAGGUUUAUAUAUGAGACAGAGCAUCACAAUGGGAUUGCGGAGCUCUUAGAAAUCUUAGGAAGCAUAAUUAAUGGCUUUGCCCUGCCACUGAAAGAGGAGCACAAGAUGUUCCUCAUCAGAGUGCUACUGCCUUUACACAAGGUCAAGUCUCUCAGCGUCUAUCACCCGCAGCUGGCCUAUUGUGUGGUGCAGUUUUUGGAAAAGGACAGCAGCCUCACUGAACCUGUGAUUAUGGGUCUGUUGAAGUUCUGGCCUAAGACUCACAGUCCUAAGGAGGUGAUGUUUCUGAAUGAGCUUGAGGAAAUCCUGGAUGUCAUCGAGCCCUCAGAGUUUGUUAAAGUCAUGGAGCCUCUGUUUAGACAACUGGCCAAGUGUGUAUCAAGUCCACACUUCCAGGUUGCUGAAAGAGCAUUGUAUUACUGGAACAAUGAGUACAUCAUGAGUCUAAUCAGCGAUAACGCCGCCAAGAUCCUCCCCAUAAUGUUCCCCGCUCUCUACAAGAACUCCAAGAGCCACUGGAACAAGACGAUCCAUGGGCUUAUCUACAAUGCUCUGAAGCUCUUUAUGGAGAUGAACCAGAAGCUGUUUGAUGACUGCACUCAGCAGUACAAAGCUGAGAAGCAGAAAGAGAAGUAUAAACUGAAGGAACGGGAUGAAAUGUGGCACAAAAUUGAGGAAUUAGCAAAACAGAACCCUCAGAGUACAAAGAUCACGCUUCGACCUGGUCUAACCCAAGAGGAGCAGUAUAUGAUGUAUAAUGAAAGCCAAGGAGGGAUCCCCCUGUAUUCUAUGGAGACAGAGACCCCUACAGCAGAGGACAUCCAGCUUCUGAAGAAGACUGUAGAGUCAGAAGCCUCACAGGGGAUGAAAGACAUCAGGAAGGAGAAGGUUUUGAUGAGGCGAAAGUCUGAGCUGCCGCAGGAUGUGUACACUAUAAGAGCCCUGGAAUCUCACAAGCGAGCGGAGGAGUAUCUGACGGCCAACCAGGAAGCCCUCUGACCAGGGAGCACCACCACCCUGCGCCAUGCCUAAACUGUCCCUUCUUGUCUUGGUCCAAAAUGUUCGCCUGCUGUAACCCACCUCUCUAUUUCUCUGCCUCUAUCCAUCCUCUCUUCCUCCCUCGCUGUUGGAGAGCCCAGUCUGCGUAAUCCAGCCCACAGAGCAGUGGAGAGCUCCCACCCACAAACCGUUUCCAAAGUGCACACAAAUCCAUAGUUACUGAUCCUCACAGAACUGAAGCAACAUUUGCAUUGGUAGAAAGCAGUGUGGGUUACAAUUUUUCAAAGUAUGCUCUUUUUUGUUUGUUGUUUCCAUACUUCACUCCACUUUAUUCUGUCUGCAGGCAUUUGUCCGCAUGUUCCUUAUCCCAUUUUUUUCUGCUGCUUGAGAGCUUCUGUAUUCCGUUCACUGGCUCUGUAAAUCCAAUCUCUCUGACAUCUUUGGCACAAAGGGGCUAGACUUAACUAAAUGAAUCAUGUUACUCGAGGGCAAUUUGAACUUUCAUGGGAUUGCAAAUUUAUUUCAAGUUCUUCCCUUGACAGUUAUGCUCUUGCUCCUAAGAAAUAAUUCUGAAGUUAUGUCUCCAUCGCCACUGAAAAAAUGAGAAAAGAACAGGCCUGACCCGCAUUACAGUGCUGUAAGUAAUGUGACUUGCUAAGCUUCACAACACCAGUUAGUCAUUUGACAACUGUUAUACUGUCUUUUUUUUUAUUUUUUU